UUCUCCAACAAUUUUAGUUUAUUUCGGGAUUCGGUGGCCACUGAACGUCUACUAGCUCUAGACAAACUGAUCGCUACCAAAAAGAUUUUUUUUUUCCUAUACGGUUUUUGACUUUUUGUCAAAAAAAAUAACAAAAAAAAAAAAGGAAAACACAAAAAAAGAAAACAGCCUCUUAACACAGGAAGUCUUCGUUUUUUCGUCGCUUGAAGAAAAAUAGAUCAUUCGAAUUUUUCAUUUCACCUGCUUUAGUACACGAAGAAUCCAAAAAAACGACCACACAAAAAAAAAUAUUUCGGAUCGAAGAAACAAAAUUUCGCAAUAUCGAAAAAAGUGGAUCAUUUCAAAAAAAAAUUGUCGAAAAGGAAACAUAAAAAUUCAGUGAUAUUUUCAAAAACGCGGGGGUUAUAUAAGAUUAUUGUAGACAUUGUAACAUACAAUUUUUUGUUUGUAGUGUCAGUGAAGAAAAAAUCCUUGCCAAAAAGGAGAAAGUUCAAAAUAGUUCAUGCACUAUUUUUUUCAAAGCAGAAAAAGUCGUUCAUUUUCGUCUUUUACUUACUCUGUGUUUAUAAAUAGUUGCAAUUCUAAAAUAAUCCAUAAAAUAUACCCUGGGAUAAGACAGUCCCCCUUUUAAAGAUACCCACCAUCAUUAUCAUCACAACGAAGACGACAAAGAGGAGACUUUCUACUUUCAACUGAAAAAAGGAACAAACUUAUGUCUUGAGAAUGAAUAGCUCAUCAUCGCGAACAAAUACACUUCCUACAAAACUAAAAGUGGAACGCUCCAUGCCCAAAUGGGUGACAGAAGCAAAUGACCGAAUUGGACCAAAGCCACCAGCACCACCACCAUCUACCAAUGGCGGAGGGGCUACAACCUUUCGACCACCAGCAUUGCCGCCAAAAAAGAAUCAACCCGAACCCGACUAUGAAAUAAUUGAAUUUUCUGGUCAGCAAUAUUCGAACGAACCGACAACGAUAGCAAUGCGUCCAAAAACUCCUGAUACUAGACGCCCCGAAUCUGCAAUGAAAUGCACUUUAUGCGGUUCCAACAAUCCCUGGGUAACAUGUGACGAAUGCGCUCAGCAAAUAUUUUGUGCUUCAUGCGAUGAUAUGUUCCACAAACAUCCAAAACGAAAGACACAUCUAAGGAAGGCUAUUGAAGUUAAAAAAGGAGGUAUACCCUUAAUUCCACCAAAAGCUUUAACACCAUCAGCUCCAGUAGCACCACCACGUCGCAAUAAAAAAGGAAUGCCAUCGCCAAUGCCACUACGAAGGGAUCAGGUGAUAGGUUCUACAGCAACAACACCAUCAGCCUCUCCUGUCCCUGGGGCUCAACCACAACAACAACCAGCUUGGCAAGAUCGCUUAGGUUCACUAAGGCGAGGUCUUAACCUUGGCAAUCGGCCAUUACCAGAAACACCAAGAACACCAACCAGCGAUGGAGUAUCUUCAAGAUCGACUACUCCAAAUAGCAAAUCGGUCUUCGAUCAAAUUCAAAAGCCACCAUCGAUAACAUUGGAGAAAAUCAAGACGAAAGCUAGUGCUACUUUAGACAGAAUGGCUUUGUUGCAACAACGUUAUCGACAGCAUAAACAAUCGAAGCAAUCUAUGGAAAAACUUAAUGGACAAAGGGAACAAAUGUUACCAUCUGACCAAUGGUCAAACAUUUCAUCGCCAUCACAAUUUCGAUCUGGCAGCAUGUCAUCUGGCAUCAAUUCAUUCGAUUAUCCUGAUGAGUCUCCGUUUCAGUUUAACCAUCAGCAACAGAUGUCGAUGGGUGGAGGAGGCGGAGGCAUGAGGGGACAUGGUCCUUCGGGUAGAAAUAUGAGUACUUCGGUCUUCAACUUGAAUCAAAUGAGCCAGAGACAUCAUAGGGACCAACAAUCACCCAUGUGGAGUGGCAGUCAAAUGCAACAGGCUCAAUCUAUGGCCCAGUUGAACUGUAUUAAUUGCCAUAGUCAUGGCGGAUGGAAUCAGCCACACCAACAACAUUCAGAGGACUGGCCUGGAGCAGCAAAUUCAAACUUGAACCGAUCGAAUAUGAGUUUGAAUGUCACUCACGGUUACUAUCCACACAACCAGCACAUGAUGCAUGCUCCACCGGUAUUUAUGAACAUGCCCGGAAUGUAUCCCUAUCCAAUGGGAAUGCCUGUACAAGCUAUGAAUCCAGGAAUGAUGGGAAUGCCAUCAUCAGGACGAUCUCGAGCAGCUUCCCGUGCUGGAUCAAGAGUUCCUUCGCCUACUCACAGUCGAAAAUCUAUGCAAGUUCGCAGCAAAAAACGCAAUGAUUUCAGUGAAAAUGAGCUUACCGAUGACGAAGACUCCGAUAACGAUGAUCGUAGAUCACUAAUGUCCCAACGAUCAGGCUUGGCAAAUACAAGACGUACACGACGAGUAUCAAGCGUUUCACAAGCUCUUGAUCAAGAAGAACCAAGAAACCUACGAUCAAAAGGUUUUAAUUCAAGAGAUCGCCGAGGUCCGUCAAUGCCAAAAUCGGUCCAAGACGACUGGACUCCAACAACAAGACGGCCUUCAAUAGUUAGCAAUGCCAAUUCGAAUUUUAAUUCAUAUCGAAAGGUCUAUUCAGAUUCACCGAUCUCUCCAGAUUCGGAGACUUCGGAGGCACCACCGACUAGGGCAUUGGUUCAAGCAAAGAUUCAAGAAAAAAUGAAAGAAUCUUCAGUGAAGACACAUGAGGCGGUAUUGAGUGAUAAUGAAGAAACUAUCAAUCCACCUCAGCAGACUUCUGAACCUAAGCCAUCAAGUCGUAUUGAAAGUGAAGAAGUUGAAUACCAAAAUGGCAAUGACUUGAAACAAAUCGAAGACCUUACAACAGCUAUUAAUAAUGGAGAAGAUAGUUCUUCACUUGGUCCACCACCAUCGACACCCGAACACGAAUGGGAAUGUGAGUUUUGUACUUUUGUCAACGAACCGAAGACUAAAAUUUGUUCGAUAUGCUGCAAGACACCAAAAGCUAUUCCCAAGCCAGCAGCGAAAGUUACAACAUCUUCAUCAACAACAACAACAACAACAAGUGUUACCAAUGGCAUUGGAAAACUUAAAGUAUCUCAACAACAAACAGAGGACGAAUCUGAAGACUACACAAAUGCAGCAACCAAGAAGAAAGAAAUGGAACCUAUCGAAGAUAUUUGGGCAACUUUAGACGAAAGCAUUCAAGCCGAGGCCAAAAAAGUUAAAAGAAAUGCUGAAACAGCUAUAGAAUACAAGAAAGCCGCAGCAACAAAAGAUCAACAACAAUCUGCUGCUGAAGAAACAAGGAGUAGAGAAGCAAGUGUGACGAAAGAUAAAAAGAAAACAACACAAAAAGUCUCAACAGGUUGUGGGCCUUCACCGCCAAAAGAAAUCAAAAGGGAACUUCGAUCAACAGCAACUUCACCAGUACCACAGACUAUUUCAACUCAGACAUAUGAAGAUGUACCAAAGAAAAUUGAAGAAAAGCACCUCCAAACUAUGGAAACAUCAACCGAAAUGCCAACUAAUGAUUUUCAGAAUCACUCCUUCACUCCACCAACACGAAACUUUAGUCCCAAAGAGAUGUUCCCAUCUUCGAUGAUGCAGGAACCACCAUUACCAUCUUCAACAUCAAGAGAAGCAGCUGAAAAUCUAGCUUUCAUGGAAAGAAAUUCAACAAGAUUCUAUAGAGAAAUGCCAAAUGAUCGUUAUCGCAGCUCAACUGACAUUCGAUCAAGUGAUUUACCAACCUCAAUGAUGAUGCAUUCUCCUCGAUCACAAAUACCAGAUUAUCUAUCUUUACAAAAGGCUCAAACAUAUCACAAUGACAUAUUCUUUGAUCCAUAUGCGCAAUCUAAAAGAAAUGAGCCAACCAGAGAUCCUGAAAUUGAACUUUUUAUGAUGUUAAAAGAAGCUGAACAUUAUAAAUUCACAGCUGAAGAACUUCAUGCAGCCUUGAAAAACUGUGGCGAUACACAUCCAAUUGUUUGGCUACGAGAUAACUGGUCAAAACUUGUACAAACCGUUCAAAGUUUAGCUACCAAAUAUGGACAAGAAAGAAUUGAAAACGUAAUUGGAACGAUUUCUGCAAUUGAAGCACGAGAAGCCUUGCGUUUACAUGGAGGCAAUGUUUGGCAAGCCAUCUCCGAAUGUGUUGAACAACGUCAGAGGAAGUAUUUGGAAAUUUCGGCCAAGGGAAACUAUUCUCGGGAAGAUAUUGUUACAGCAUUGACAGCUCAUCAUGGAAACAUGGAUUUGGCUUUAUUGGAUCUUAGCAAAACUCAAUUAAAACCCUUUCUAAUGAGAGUUUGGGGCUCUCCCGGUGGAGUUGAGAAUGAAAGUGCUAAUUUUUUGGCAUCACAACCAUCACAACCUUUUUCACCACCAGCUCCAAAAACUGGUUAGUAGCGGAAUAUUUUGAUACUUAAAUACUGUUUGGAACCUCUUCUAACCAAUUU